UUAAACUUAAAAGUAUUAUACGCAUGCAUAAAAACAAUGUCCCAUCAUGUAAAAAAUAGCCCAGCACGUGCCAGCAACGAUGACAGCCGUCGCAAAAAGCAGAAAACAUUUACCCUAAGCGACUUUCACACUUUUCUCGAGCGAGAGCAGGCCAAAGUGCGUGAGAGCAAGGCCAAAGCGCCAACGCCAGCUCCAGCUCCAGCUCCAGCUCCUAUUCCAGUUGCAGCGCCAGCUAUAGUUAAUGCCUCGAACAAAGGCAGCGACGGUGCGCCAGAGAAAAUUCCUGGUUUGGUCAAUGGCUCAGCCAAAUCGCCUGCGGAACGCGUCGUCACAUUUGCUGCCACGCCCCAAAUACAAAUUUUGAGCCGCCCAACAACGCCGACAGCUGACACCAACUUCGACAGUCGGCGCGGACGUGGCCGUGGUUCCGGUCGCGUCCGUUCCUGUCCGCGCAUACCGACGCCUCCGCGCUGUGUGCCGCAUGAGCUGGAAACGGUGGACCGCAUGACAUCCGCCGAUUUUCGACACGAUUUUGCCGCGCAUCUGGAGAAUAUGCGCAGCCGGCAGAAGGAGCAACAGCACAUGCAUUUCUUUCAAUUGGCCAUCGAGGAGAAUCGCCAUCUGUUCGAAGGACGCACAAUACUGGUCCUGAGCUGCGGCACGGGCACGCUGGCGCUGAUGGCAGCUCGGGCGGGCGCCGCACGUGUUUACGCGCUGGAUCACUCCCAGGUGACGGACUAUGCGCGGCUGGUGGUGCGUGCCAAUAAGUGGGAGCACAUUAUAACCGUGCUGCACGGACGCGUGGCCAAUGUGGAGCUGCCGCAGCGCGUCGAUGGCAUCAUGUGCAACUGGAUGGGCCAGUGCCUGCUCUACGAAUCGGAGCUGUUGGAGCUGCUCGAGGCGCGCGAUCGCUGGCUCAAGCCGAACGGCUUCAUCCUGCCCGAUCUGGCGGCCCUUUAUCUGCUGGGCGGUGCGGAGCAGCGGCUCAAGAACGAGCGCUGCAAUUGGUGGCUCGACGUUUAUGGCUUCAAUAUGAAUGCGAUGCGACGUUAUGCGCUGGCCGAGCCGCGCUUUGUCCGGACCAAAGGCGAACGGCUGCUGACGCUGGCGCAUCAGGUGCUCAGCUUGGAUUUGCGCACAGCCCGUGUAGAGGAUUUGCGCAUAGAUCGGGACAUACAAUUGCGGGUGCAGCAGGAAGGGUAUUUCGAGUGCUUUGUGCUCUACUUUGAUGUGGCCUUCAGUCGCGCCCAUCAGCCCCACAAGCUGAGCUGCAAUCCUUGCCUCAACUCGCCCCUCAAAUCCUUGUGGCAUCAAACCCUGCUCUUUGUGGAGCAGCCCUUUAUCAUGCGCCAGAAAUUCAAUUAUACGGGUCACCUAGUUUUCAAGCCCAAGCCAAACUUUCAUCAAAUGCGCAUCGAUAUUGAGUUCUUUAAGAGCACACCGGAUGGCGUACAGAGCAAUCCUCUGGUGCUCAAGAGCUGGCUGCUAACGCCGCGCUUUCAAACCGUCGACGAGGUGGCGCAGUGCCAGGACAGGCAGUACUACUAGAUCCCCCGACAGAAGCCUCAAUUAAAAUGCUAUCGGUACAGACGGCCGGCUGCGCGGGAAUGGAGCGGCUUGGCGUUCCGACCCGCACAUCAUUGAGCACACCACCCGAUGACAGGGAUCAAUUUAGAUGUAGAAUGCGCGUUGAUGCGCUCCAAGCACGUGAGCUGC